AUGACGAAAACCAUGAGUGGCACUAUACUUCAGGACCUUCUCGGAGGAAACAAUCGCAAAAGCCGAUGGCAGAUAUGCACCGUUGACGGGAAAAGAUGUUUUUUAAAUUCAACCGUUCACUACCCAUUUACCAUGAUAUUCUGCCUUAUUUCAGAUUUGAAUGAGGAACCUUAUCAUGCAAGACUGACGCUCAAGGAUUUGACAAAUCAAUGUAAGGAACAGGGCUUUGUUGAUGAUUCAAUAAAGCAAAUUCAGACAAAUCUGAGCUCUCAAAUUGCUAACGCUUCCCUUAAAUUAGAAUUUAAAAAGCGUGAAUCGAAGUUGGACGUGGCCUUUGCAGUAUCAGACACUAUUAAUGUUGAACUGCAAGCUCAAAUAUCACACCUAGAUAAUCACACAUCAAUGUUAAUAUACCGUGAUUUGCUCCAAGAGAUCAUGGUUGGUAGUUAUAGCUUAAGAAGAUUAAGUGAUAGAUUAGAGAAUCUUUUACAUAUGAAGGACAGAGCCAUUGAAUAUCUUACGCUAAAUGUAGAAGAAUUUGGAACAGCCAAGGUGAUCAAGAGAUGGGCGCCUCCUGCUUCAUCAAAUGCAAAAGCGCUAGUGAAAUAUCAGUAUUCGAAUGAGUGUGAUAACUUGGCUGAAAGUUUGCAAGAUGAGGCCUUCAACUAUGAAAAAUUUACUGAUACAGGGGAAUUUCUAUUUGACCUGCAGAGGAGAGUUUUAAAUUCUGUUUCCACAACUUCUUCACCUAAAAAGCGAUUGAGAAGAACGAGUUCUACAGAUUUUCUACCAUUCGAAGAUCCCAUUGGCUCGAACAAAAUCGGAACCAAAAGCCCUGGAAUAAACGAUAAAGAUUCAAGCUUGAAAUCAGAAACUGAAUUAAAGAGUAAGAGUGACAGUCCAGAUUUGCCAAAUAAAAAAAGAAAGUUUGGAAAGGUAAAAAUUAUGAAAAGAGUCUGA